GGAGUGUGCUGGUUCGCCUCCGUUAAAAAAAAGGAAAGUGACCCACGCACCAGGGUACGUAAACCCCUUUUUCAACGUUUCGUCUUUCCGCCAGGAAAGAAGAAAGGCCGGAACAUCUGACACAGGCCUUGCUUCACCACCGGGCAGCUGUCGCUGUGACGCCGGGCGGUUAAGGAAGGAUUUCCACUGCGCGCAGAAGCCGGAGCGCGUCCUUUCUGGUCGGCGGAGGGCGCUAAGGGAGGACCAUGUUGCUGGUACUGUCGGAGGAGCACAAGGAGCACCUGGGGUUCCUUCCCCAGGUAGAGAGCUCAGUUGUCAGUGAAUUUGGUCGUAUAGCUAUGGAAUUCUUAAGAAAAGGCACAAAUCCAAAAAUCUAUGAAGGAGCAGCAAGAAAACUCAAUGUUACUAGUGACACAAUUCAGCAUGGAGUAGAGGGAUUAACAUACCUUCUCACUGAAAGCUCAAAGCUCAUGAUAUCUGAGAUAGAUUUCCAAGACUCUAUACUUGUACUAGGAUUCUCUGAAGAACUGAAUACUUUAUUACUUCAGCUAUAUAUUGACAACAGGAAGGAAAUUAGAAGUAUUUUGUCUGAACUAGCACCAAAACCACCUAGUUAUCACAGUCUUGAAUGGAGACUAGAUGUGCAGCUUGCCAGCAGAAGUCUGAGACAACAAAUUAAGCCAAUGGUGACUGUAAAACUGCACCUCAACCAGAACGGAAGUCAGAUUACCAAAAUAUUACAAACUGACCCUGCUACACUGCUGCAUCUGAUUCAACAACUGGAACAAGCUUUGGGAGAAAUGAAAACAAAUCACUGUAGACGAAUUGUGCGCAAUAUCAAAUAGCUGUUGGUCAUCUCUGUAAACUUACAGAAUUAUGAAGAUCAGUGUGGCAGGACAAAACAAUGUUUUGGAACUAAUCAAAACAUUUCCUUCAGCCAGGAUCAUGAAACAGUGCUGGCAGAAUGGAUUUAGUUGGGUGCUAAUCUUAUAAUACUGCAAGAUGCAAGUUAGAGUAAUUGUUAUCAGUUUCAGUGGACAUAAAUAAAUAAAUUGAGCACGUGAAUGCUCCUUUUUUAAGUUCACCAGCCUUUUGCAUAACAUACUGCAGUGUGUACAGUAUUAUGUUAUGGUAUUACGAUGCUGUUUUGUUAUAUUGACCAAACAUUUUUCUUUCUUUAACUAUUUUCUCAUCUGUAAGAAUAAGGAAACACAUAAAAUAAUAUUUUAUCUGUC